UCUUCAGGAUUGUUGCUCCAUGUGCUCUGGUAUUUUUCCCCUCCAAUUUCCAGAGUUAAUAAAUUAUGUGCCCAAUUACUGACUGCAUCUGCUAAAGACAGCUGUCAGGCAUUUGUACAAUCAUUUUUAUUGCUAUAAUCUGCCUUUUUCCGAAUUAUUUGUGAACCAACCUAGCAAACAAGCAAAGAUUAUUUUUAUCUGUAUCUCUCACUGAUGAUGGCAGGCUGAAAACGAUCCAAUGAAAUGAAAGUGUAUGAAAUUCGAAGUGGUAGAAGGGACGUGUCUGUCCUUAUCUAUGUUAUCACGGUAAUCCGCUAAUUCUUCCUUGCUCGCUGAUAGUUAAACUGUGCUGUUGGAAAGCGAGAAGUGAGGCAGUUUUCGUACGCAAUAAACAUGUAUGAAAUAGCGUGCUAGUAAUCCGUGCUUCAUUCUUCGUUCCGCUUAGUGUAUGUACCGUGUUUCCCAAGAUUAGUUUCUACAAGCAGAAAAUGUGUUUUUAGGUAUCUCUUUCCAAUAUUGUGAACUCUAUAAUAACUCAUUGGUAAAAUAACUUAAUUUUUCGUUGGAAAAGUUCGUGACAAGUGGCAUAUUUUACGCCUGGUUAUUUCAGAAUAGACCGUGAGAGGACGAGGGAAACUGCCGGCUAAGACAUGUUUUAACCCAUUUGUCAGUGCAUGGUUUUCACCACAAGAACUUUGUUAUUAAAUGGUAUCACAUCCUGGGAUACAAGUUUACCUACACUCUGUGUGGACAGGCAUGCUGAAGAUACCACAUUACCGUAUACGUGGAAUUAACCCCCAAACUUGCAGAUUACAGGAAGGAGACUUGAACCCUCAGGAUAGAAGAGGCAGAGGAUCCCCUCUCAGCAUGACAAUUGUUUGCUGAGAAGCAAUUACAUCAUAUGAGGUUGCAUAAUGAUAGGAGGCAGCUGCAGGAACUGUGUGACAUCUUCCUUCAGAGGAAUCUGCACUUGGAUCAGUUGCGGACAGAAAUUGAUGCUUGCCAUGAACGAAUAGCACUGCUACGUAUGAUAAUACAAGAGAAGAGGAAACAUCUUGAAGAAGAUAAACCAAAAAUUGCAAAUAUGAUAAAACAAAGCCAGGAUCGAAGAGCUAGACUACCACGGUAUGAAGAGCACGUGAAUAAAAUGGAGCGACGUACAAGUCUGAUGGGAAUCCAUGCAAAUGAAACAGCUCUUGCGAUACAGAAAGAGCAGCAGGAACUGAAGGACAUGAUCCGAGCCAGCAUACAGCAACUUGUUCAGUACAUCUUCCCUAUCAUACCAGUGCAGCCAGUACCCAGCGAUGAAGACUGUGAGCAGCCUAGAGAUACUGUUACUGCUCUGGCAGAUGCAACCCGCACCGCCUAUAUUCGUGGCCGUUGGGUGUUCACCGAUAGUUCUGGCCAGUUACAGCACUGCAUUGUGGCACCCUCUUUACCUGAUUCAGGGGAUUAUUCUGCCUAUAAUGUGUGGGUGGCUGCUAACAAGGAUGGUGUUCCUGGGGGAAAUAGUGAGGGCAUGGAGCACAACCCAGCGUACAACAUCAGUGCUGCAUUAACCUACACCACUCAGCUUGUCAAUGUGCUUGCGUUCUACUUAGAUGUUCGGCUGCCUAACAAGCUGUGUUACAGUGAUUUCUGUGGCCAUGAAAUGACAGAUACGCAGUUUGCUCACAGAGUUGCGAAGCUCAAUUCCAAUGUUUUGCAUCUUUGCUACACCCAGAAUGUUAAUCCCGAGUUGCUGCAUCCAGCACGCACUCUGCACAACAUCCUUCUCUUGCUCAACACCGAAGUUAGUGAUCUCGGAAGACAAGGUCCAUUGGAGGUGAACCCUGUGUUGGCAAAAUCUUUAGAGGAUCAGUUAGCACGUGAUUUGGAAUUAGGAGAAGAUUCUGGGUCAGAAGAUGAAAGUGACACUUUGCCCUUGGAAUGGGAAGCUGUUCCCCAUGUUUCAUGCCCAGAGAGUGUCCCUGGUCCAAGCCAGAUGUCACAACAGAACUUCACAAGCACACAGCAGGCGACAAGUAUGGCAGGGGGACUAGUAACCAGUGCUGCAGCAAGCAUUGCUUCCUUAUGGAGGGGUUGGACUGGUACAAAAUAAUGUUCAUCAAGCGAAGUACUGUCGAAGAACCAAAGUUUGUUGGAAUGCUGGAAGAACCUUUGUGCUUUCCUCGAUGUGGUAGCAUUUCAAUAAACAGCAAGAGAACAGUUCCAUUAUUGAUAAACAUUUGGUUCUGUCAUUUCAUAUGAUACUCUUGUUAUGUUUUAAAUUGUUUGUAUUCAGUGUUGAUAGGCUACUGAAUAAUUACCAAGACUUGUAAUUUUGAUGUCAGAGUAUUUUUUUUAUUUACUUAACAUUGAUUAUUUGCUUAAAGUGUAUAUGACUAGAACUAGAAACAUUUAUGCAUUUCUACUGCUAAGUUCGUCUGCUGUUAUGCGAGGAGUAUCUUAUUGGGCUUUAUAUCACCAAAAAUUGCUGCCAGCUUUUCAGAUUCUAAUCUUGGGACUACCAACUUUGUUUUCUACACCCUCAGGUCAGUUACUUGGUGAAUGCAGACUUUUAUGUAAGUGCUAUUUUAAAAUUUGACUGUAACCUAAACAUUGUAACAGGAAGUGGGGUCCAAAUGUUAGUUUUAAUUAAUACACACAGACAUUUUUUUAUGGUUUUUAUUAGCCUGUCAGAGCACACAUGCAAAAUAAACAUAGAAAUAUAGAUUACAUAAAAUGCCAGUCAUUAUCUCUGCCUGCAAUCCCAAAUUUCGGAUUACAGUGGUCUUUCAGACAUUUUUAUAAAUUUCCAUUGUUCUAAUGGAUUCAUAAUUGCAGUAUGUGUGUUUUGUAUUUAUGUAACAACAUAAAUUUUAGUACCUAACAUGACUACGUGUCACAGUGAAGCGAUCUUCACUGCAUCGUAUCAUACUCCAGUAAUUCUCAGAAUACUGAAGAUUUAUGGAAUUGGGUUAGUUUCCAAGUAUAGAGCGUGAUGUGUAAUGUAAAUAUAAAAUUCAGACAAUUUCCAGAUUUGAUCAUUUAAUCAUCACCUGCUGCAGGUAAAAAGAAAUUUUCUAUAGUUAAUGUACUGCAGGAUUUAUUAAAUUAACCUUGAAUUUUAUUAAGAGGAGUAUGUUUUAUACAUACAUACAUUAAUUUUUUGUACAAAUUUUAAGUGAAAAAUUGCUCAUUAGUUAUACAGUGGGAUAUAUUGCCUUAACCUAUACCAUAUGGAGUUUACAUGCCCAAAUGCUCACUUCUUUGUGAAAUCAGGUCUUCCCCAUGACCCCAGUCACAAACUCGGAGGACAGAUGUGUGCAACCACAGAUGAAAAUAUCCAUGGUUGGAUAGACAUUGUCCCACACAUACUUUAAAGGUUUAGUUGAUUUCAGACAUAUUCACAAAAAUACAAAUAUCACGUGUCUUAUGUGACAUUUCGUGCUGAAUAUAAUCACUGUGUCCUCACAAGAUAAAGGUGUAUAAAAUUUUAUGAUGAACCACUUUUAUUUUUUGUAUUUUCUUUAUUGCUAAAAAAGAUUGUAUAGCAUUUUCUCCCUUUCCAUUCUUAUUCUCAAAGGUCAUUUGAUAUUUGUUUAUAAUAAUAUGAAUACUUCUGAUGUAUGUAAACAACUUACAUACUGUACAAUUUUUUACAUUUUAUUUAUAACAUCAGUGAAGUGCAUACAGUUGUAUUGGUAGUUUAUAUUAGGUUGUGCAUUAAUAAUCCCCCAGUCAUUUAAGUAUGGUGUAAACCUCGCCAGAAGACUGUCAGGUAAGAUAUUCUGUCAUGUCAGUAGUCUUAAUUAUGAGUAAAUUUUGUUAGUACUAUUCACUAAAAGCUGGUAAACUAGUGCUCAGUUACUGCUAUUUACAGUGCCUACACAUUUUGAAGGCCAUGAUGUAAAAUUACAUUAGAAACUUGUAUAUAUGAGUAAAAUCAAUACAGUUAUAUAUGUUUUAAUUCUGUUUUAUAAAGGAUUAAUGACUUCUGAUAUGUUGUGCCAUGUAAUCCAGUAUAUAUGAACUGGUGUUUCAGUAGGCAGUAAACACCUCUGAAAUGUUGGUCAUAUCUUGCAGACUACAUGGCACAACAUCCCAAAAGGCAGCCAUCUUAAUGCUCAUUGCUGUGAGAACAUAAAAUCUCACAAAUUAAUGAAACUUAAUCAAAAUGUGAAGGGUCUAAUACUUCAGUUAAAUAAUGUGCUUUGUUGUGUGACUAUCAAGAUUGUAAAACUGUAUUUGAAAAGGGUUGGCAGUUGUGCAUUCUUUCUCUCUACACAUCUCGAGUUGUAAUGCUUUUGCUUGCUGUGAUGAUUAUACCUUGUAAUGGACAUCGUUUGUGAACUUUAUCGCCAUUGCUUCAGACAGGUUUAGAAUGUGGAUGUUAUUACCCCCUUCCCUCCUAAGAUUUUCAAACGAAAGGAAUGAGUGACUGCAGUGUCUGCGUCUCUGCUAAAGGUAUGGUAUGUAAACAUUGUUAUUCCCAGUGUGUUGUUUUUAAUUUUUUUUUUUAGUUAUCCCUUUGGUGCAGAUGUGUCAUAGCUGGGAGAACUGAAUGUAAUACUAAUGGUUUCGAUAGAGAUGUGUAUGAAUAUAUGUGAAUGAUUUUAA